UAACCACAACACUGCAGCCUGCAAGCAACACCAGCGCCACAGGCAUCAUGGACGUAAGUACCCCCCCACAAUAUCAGAUGGCAGCUCAGCAUGCUGACGUUCUGUGUGGCAGCUGCCCGCCUGGUUCUGCCCCACAGACUAGCACCCUCUGGCCCGGUCAGGUGUCUGGGGCCACGUUCCCUUCAUGGCCCGGACAAGCCGCCCAGUCUGCCCCGCCUGCCCAGCCUGCCUUGCCUCCCCAGCCGGCUGCAUGCUGGACCGGCCAGCCUAACACUCCCUGCUGGCUUGGAACUCAACCGCUGCCGGUCUCUGGGGUCACCCCUGUUCCGGUCCUGCCUCAGGCCGUAACACCCUCCCCUGCCCCAACCACAAACAUGGUCCCGGCUCCAGCUCCCACCAUGGCUCCAGCUCCGAGUCAGAACUGCCAGCCUUGUUGGCCGGGAACCCAGUACCAGCCGGCUCAGCCGCCGGCUCCGGUUCAACCCCAGGUACCCUAUCAGGUUCCAGCCAUAUCUCCUGUCCCUGUGCCACCAGCACCCGCCCCUGCUUCUGUUCCUGCAAUUGCUCCCGUCCCUGCUCCUCUUCCUGUUCCAAACCACCAUCCAAACAUGCCUGGCUGGCCCGCCCACCCCGGUUGGCCGUACAACCCAGGACAGUCAGGAUGGCCGGGACAGAACCCGUCCCUGGUGCCCCAACACUGGCUCCCGCCCACAUCAGGACCGCUAAGCGUACCGUACAACCUGAACCUGUCCAGAGGCGUGUAUGACAAGAUGAUGAUGACCAUCCUGGGCCACGUUAAACCCAACGCUAAGAUGUUCACCAUCAACUUCCUGAGAGGAAACGACAUCGCCCUCCACAUCAACCCCCGCUUCAGCGAGGGCGGCAAACAGGUGCUGGUGCGCAACCACAAAGUGGGCGAGCGCUGGGGGGCCGAAGAGCGAGACCUGAAGGGACCCUUCCCUUUCGCCCUGGGGAGCCCCUUUGAGAUGAAGAUCCUGUGCACGCAGGAGGCGUUCCGCGUGGCGGUCAACAACAUUCCGCUGUUUGAGUUCAGACACCGCGUCAGAGAGCUCAACCAGAUCAACCGCAUCAACAUCCUGCACGACGUCGUCCUCACCUUCGUCCACGUGGAGACGCUCCCGUAGGAGAGGCGUGCAAAUGUUGGAUAUAAAAGUACUAGAUUGUCAGUUCGUCUUUAUGGCAUGAUAUUGGGAUUGAACAAUAAUAACAACAAUAACAAUAAUAAUAAUGUGAGCUGAGCUCCUUCACAACUAAACGGCAAAGUACUAAUAAGCAUUUAUGAAAAGAAACGCAGCUUUCUUUGGACUGUGUGCUUUCUACCACAAAUCUAUGUACUCGCUAUGUACUCGCUACUAUAUUUUGUACCAUUCAUUAACAAUUAAACUGCCUCAAACUCAA